AUGAUCGCCGACAUCGAGCUGCUUCCUGAUGCCAGCAACGAGCUGAAGCAGGCCAUCAAAACAGCCGUCUCAGGCACGGGCCUUUCCCACACCGUGCAUGCCCACGGAGCAACGGUGAAGGGGCAGGCAGAGGCCGUGUGGACUGCGGCGCGCGCUGCGUUCGACGCAUGCAUCGCCGCCGGUGCAUCCACGGAGACGGUGCUCCUCAAGAUGCGCUGCGGCGAUGGUGAAAAUGGAGCAGCCGCCUCGGCAGUCAAAACCACCGCCUCCGCUGCCGCCACAGCAAUGGUCCCGCAGCGCCCAAGCCCAUUCGGCAGCGGUGUGCGCAAGCUCCAAGUCGUCGACUGCCACUGCGGUGGCGAACCGGCGCGCGUCAUCGUCGGUGGCAUGCCGCACGUCCACGGCGCUUCCAUGGUGGAGGACUUCGACCACUACCGCGCUCUCUUGCUGCACGAGCCGCGCGGCUACCCGUGUCAGAACGCCGACUUUAUUCCGCUGCAUUCCGCCGCGUUUGCUCUACUCGUGUUCUCUCGGCCUCCGACACGGCCAGAGGCGGCGUUCGGCGUGGUGGUGGCGGAGCAGGGGAAGAUCUACCCUGCCAUGUCGGGCCACAACGUGAUCUGCGUCGCCACUGCCCUCCUCGAGACUGGGAUGGCUGGGCUGGUGCAAGUCAAGGCGCAGUGCGAGCACGGCAAGGCGACGCAGGUCGAGCUGCGCAACGCGCCCGCCUUCUGCCGCCCUUGCGACAUGGGCGUCGAAGUCGACGUGCCGCUCGGCGUGGGCAAGGUGACCGUCGACAUUGCGUACGGCGGCAUGUUUUACGUCAUCGUCGACGCCGCUUCGGCCUGCGCUCCUCGCUGCCGCGAGCUGCGGUGGGACGACCCGGCGACGCACACCGGCAUGCUCGACCGGUCUCCCUGCGGCACCGGCACGUGCGCCAUCAUGGCCGCGCUGCAUGCGCGCGGCGAGCUGCGGGUCGGCGAGCCUUUCGAGCACUCGUCCAUCCUCGGCACCAAAUUCAUCGGCCGGCUGCACGAGGAGGUUGUGGUGGGGGGCGGGGGAACCGAGCCGGUGCGGGCGGUGGUGCCGACCAUCUCGGGGCGGGCGUGGAUCACGCAGCACGCGACGGUGGUCUGCGACCCUUCCGACCCCUUCCCAGAGGGCUACAAGGUUGGCGACAUCUGGUAG